GGAAGUACCCACGCGGCUCACAGAGCACUCCGUCCGGUUCUGCGGACUCAAGGGGAGAAACGCCGAAGCACCAUGGCUCUGUUCUAAUCGCGUUUAUUACGAGAAGUGUGAUCAAUUUACCGGCAAUCCGUCACCAUCCGCGCCUUAAACAUGGACCUCCAGUCAAGAGGCUUGUCCUGGGGGCAUCAACUUUGUCAGUAGUAACAUCUGGAAACUGUAUUUAUAAUUUUCCUCCCCAUACUGUCACUUUUUUUGCCUUUGCACGCUACAUGGGAUUUAAACCUAAAGUGUCAGCAGCUAGCAAACACUUCUCACUUGAUUAACCCAAAUAUUCCUGUGGAAACCAAGACGGCCUCUGCUAGUAACGAAAAAUAACAACAACAAAAACAAAAAAACUUUCAAGAAACACGUUGACGAAGUCUUGCCCUCAAGUUUUCCCCGGGGUGAAUUGCUAACACACUACACAAGAACUCUCCCUGAGGGCUUGUCAAUACCCCAGAGAUUCAUAAUACUAAUUUAGAGUUUGGCAGACAAGUGUGAGGCCCCCUCAUGCAGAACCACAGGAAAUGAAUAAACCACCUCAGCCUAUAACAGGACCCCCUGCCAUUCCCCACCCCGCCCAAUCGCCAGGACUGACACAGGCUGCCUAUCCCCCAGGUCAGCCUCCCUCUGUUGUUUUUCCCGGGCCAUCUCCACAAAUGAACACUGCACCGCAACCCAGACAGGUACACGAUCUUCAAGCUAUGACAUUUGCUCCAGGGCCUCGUGCUUUACACCAACAGGGUGGAUUCAGGUCACUGCAGCCGUAUUACCCUAACCGGCCCAACAUGCAAGGCAGUGUCCCUCGGGUCCCACCCAGCAGCACCCCCCGGUCUGUUGCUCCCACUCAUGUCUACCAGCCUACCUCACAGGUUAUGAUGAUUCCCCAGCAACAGUUGCCAUUCGCCAACACUCAGGGCCAUACCAUUUUCCUGCAUGGACAGUACCGGCCCCCCUACAUGCCCCCAACGCAGCAGUACUCUGCAGGCUUUUACCCUGGAAGCAGUCCAGCUGAAUACGGUACAUAUGAUCCCUCUCUGGCAGGGAGGGAGAGGCAGGGGGGUGGGGGGAGAGGUGCGGGUAGAGAGAACGGACGUCUCUCGCUGCACGGAGCUCCUCUCACCUCCCAGCGCUAUCCUGCGGCUGCCUAUUAUCCUGCAACACAGCAGUACCCAACUCCAGUGUCCGCCACGCCUGUCAUGAUGAAUCCCGCUCCGCAGCAACCAGCUCCACCUCCACAGCAAGCUCCGCCUCAGCAGUCAGGACAAGUCAAACCGAGAGAGCGCAAACAGAUCAGAAUACGUGACCCCAACCAGGGUGGACGUGACAUCACUGAAGAGAUCAUGUCUGGUGGGAGAACGACCUCCACACCCACUCCUCCACAGACUGCUGGUCCAGAGGUGGCAGGUCCUGUCCAGACCAAUGGUGAAAGUGUUCCGGCUGUUGCUGCUGUGAUCAGAGCUGAUGAUCAAGCGAAGUCCAUGGCUCCUCCUGCAGCUGUGUCCACCCCUCCUCCAUCAAAGACGCCAGAGCAAGCCCCUCUUGCACCUUCAGCCACUGACUCUGAACCUGUGUCAGAGGUCAGACCUGCUUCACCUGUGAGCAAGAUUCCCAUUCCUCCAGGAGAGGACCCUGCGAUAUCCCCUGCACUCCCACAGUCUCCUCCUCCCACAAACAAUCCCCAACUUUCAAAGCCUCAAACUGGUGACAGUGUGGAUGCUCCAGUACUCCCUGAUGCCCCAGUUCAACAGGAGGAGCCUGAGGACGCCCCUCCAGUAGAGCAGACUUCUACUGGGGUUGCGCAAGAGGAGUCAGAGGUAGCCAAAGAGAAAGAGCCAGAACCUGUGGCUGAACCUGUGGUCGAAACAGAGGCUGCAUCUGACACAUCUAGCCCGGCUGCGGUCAUCUCCACCCCUGUGGAGCCUCCUCCUGCUGUAGCCAAUGAUGGUGACGUUGCUUCCAAGGACACCGCCCCUGUAACCGCAGUGACACCUGUUCCAGAACCAGUCGUUGAUGAGCCAAAGGAACAGCCUUUGCUUAACGGUUUGCCUGAGAACUCUGCAGAGGCUCCAGUAGUGAAGCCAGAGAGCUCCACUAAUCCAGUUGCUGAACAAGAAGUUCCUCAGGUCCAACAGAGCUGCCUUAUGGCCGUGGAAGCACCUGUAGAGGAAGCAGAGGAGCAGAAAGCAGAGGAGACACCUGCCCCUGUAACAGUCUGCCCUGUUGAGGAAAUGACUAUGCAAGCUGCUGCGACAACAGUGCCAAAGAAGAAAAAGAAGAUCAAGGAUCUGAAUAAGAAAGAUGUCGGAGAUGUCCUAGAUGCCUUCAAAGAGCCUGAGGAGGAAAAGCCUGCUCUUGAGCCAGAGGUUGCUCAGAAAGAGCCCUCCCCAGCUCCAACCCCUGCCCCACCAGCUGAAGAGUCAGACGAAACAUGGGAGGACAAAGAGGACAAGCUUGACACAGAAAAUAUUGAGCCUGAGGCGUCUAAACCUGUGGAACAGAAGUAUCAAUAUAAAGAAGAGCAAUGGAAGCCCAUCAACCCAGAGGAGAAGAAACAAUAUGAUCGAGAAUUCCUGCUUGGUUUCCAGUUCAUUGGUGCAAGCAUGCACAAGCCAGAGGGUUUGCCGCACAUCAGUGACGUUGUCUUGGACAAGGCAAAUAAAACCCCCUUGCGGCCCUUGGAUCCCAGGAGUCUGAUGAACUGUGGGCCUGAUUUCACACCUUCAUAUGCUAACUUGGGUAGACAGUCAUCCGGAGGAGGAGGGCGAGGACCAUUGCACUCCUCUCAGUCUGCACGGCGCCCUCAGCCGGGUCGAGGCAAAGACCAAAUGAGUCGCAACCCCAAGAUCAUCACCAGCUUGUCUCUUAAAGACAAUGUGGAACUCAACCAGGCUGAGAAUGCUUGGACGCCUUCAGUGAAGAAGCAAGGCCGAGAGCGUGGAGGAGAGGAGGAUAAGGAAGACUCAGAAGCUGUGAAAACGCAGGAGCUGUUCCGCCGCGUGCGCAGCAUCCUUAACAAGCUCACGCCUCAGAUGUUCCAGCAGCUGAUGAAGCAGGUGACGGAGCUCACCAUAGACACUGAAGAGAGGCUCAAGGGUGUCAUUGACCUCAUCUUUGAGAAAGCCAUCUCUGAACCCAACUUCUCUGUAGCUUAUGCCAACAUGUGCCGCUGCCUUAUGGGGCUUAAAGUCCCCACUUCAGACAAACCGGGAGUCACUGUGAAUUUCCGUAAACUACUGCUCAAUCGUUGUCAGAAGGAGUUUGAAAAGGACAAGGAUGAUGACGUGAUCUUUGAGCAGAAACAAAAAGAGCUGGAUGCUGCCACUGAGGAAGAGGAACGUCAGCGCCUGAAUGAGGAGCUGGUGGAUGCCAAGGACAAGGCACGUAGACGGUCGCUUGGAAACAUCAAGUUCAUCGGAGAGCUGUUCAAGCUGAAAAUGCUGACAGAACCCAUAAUGCAUGACUGCAUUGUCAAGCUCUUGAAGAACCAUGAUGAGGAGAGCUUAGAGUGCCUCUGCCGGCUGCUAUCCACCAUUGGAAAAGAUCUAGACUUUGAGAAGGCCAAGCCUCGUAUGGAUCAGUACUUCCACCAGAUGGAGAAGAUCAUUAAAGAGAGGAAGACGUCUUCUAGAAUCCGCUUCAUGCUUCAGGAUGUAUUAGACCUCCGAAAGAACAACUGGGUGCCCAGAAGAGGAGAUCAGGGUCCCAAGACCAUUGAUCAGAUCCAUAAAGAGGCAGAGUUGGAAGAACACAGAGAACAAAUAAAAGUACAGCAACAGCUGCUGUCUAAGAAAGACUCCAGUCAGGGUCGAGGGGGCCGUGGUGGGCCGCACUCCUCUGGAGGCCGUGGUAGCCAGACCCAGGAUGAGGGCUGGAACAUAGUGCCUAUUACCACAAAGAACAGACCGAUUGACACCAGUCGCCUCAGUAAAAUUACUAAGCCUGGUGAUUUCAACAUCCAGCUGCUGGCCCCAGGAGGAAAGGGCUCCUGGGGUAGCUGGGGCAAAGGGAGCAGUGGAGGCACAGGAGCCAAGUCCACUGGAGAUCAAGACCAGGGGAGACCUGCCACUAGCACAAUCAACCGUUUCUCUGCAUUGCAGCAGUCUGGAUCAUCAUCAUCAUCCUCACUUGACUCUGAUCGUAGAGUGCCUCAAAGGAACAGCUCCAGUAGGGACCGUAGCGAUCGAGAUCGUGGUGACAGAGACCGUGGUGAUCGGGAUCACUUUGACCGAUUUGAUAGUAGGCGGGAUGACCGAGGCCUAGACAGACCCCGUCAGGCCAUCACCAAACGCAGCUUCAGCCGUGAAAAUGAGGACCGCAGAGGAGACGGCCGUGGACCAGCAGAUUCUGUGCGCCGCGUGUCCAGCAUGACAGAGAACCGUGAUCGAGGCAGUCGGGAGCGCGAUAGAAGCAAGGAGACAGUGAAGCCAAUGUCGGCUCCUGCUCCACCACCACCUGUUCAAGCCAAACCCGCCCUGAAUGAGGAAGAGCUGGACAAGAAGUCCAAAUCCAUCAUUGAAGAGUAUCUCCACAUCAACGACAUGAAGGAGGCAGUGCAAUGUGUGCAGGAGCUGAACAGCGCCUCGCUGCUCUUCGUGUUUGUACGGAACGGUGUAGAGUCCACACUGGAGCGCAGCACCAUCGCUAGAGAGCAUGUGGGCCUGCUGUUUCAGAAGCUUGUUAGUGCUAGAAUACUACUUCCUGAGCAGUACUACAAGGGACUGCAGGAGAUUCUGGAGAUAGCAGAUGACAUGGCCAUUGACAUUCCUCAUAUUUGGCUCUACAUGGCUGAGAUAAUCACACCCAUGUUGCAAGAGGGAGGCAUCCCCAUGGGCCAGCUCUUUAGGGAAGUGUCCAAACCUCUUCUCCCUAUGGGCAAAGCAGCAAUCUUGCUUGUUGAAAUACUUAACCUUCUCUGCAAAGGACUGAGCCACAAAAAAGCUGGAGCGAUGUGGUUGGAGGCGGGACUCAGCUGGAUAGACUUUCUGCCUGAAGAAGAGGAUGUCAAUAAGUUUGUUACAGAGCAGAAAAUGGAGUUCACUCUGGGUGAGGAGUCUGAGAAGCCUAGUAAGAAGGAACUGACUGCUGAGGAGCUGAGUAAACAUUUGGACAGGUUGUUACAGGAAAAAGCCAACAACCAGAGGAUCUAUGACUGGGUAGAGGCCAACCUAGAUGAGCAGAAGAUGAGCUCCAAUCAGUUUGUGCGGGCCCUGAUGAUGUCUGUGUGCCAGUCUGCCCUUAUAUGUGAGAAUCCCUACAAGGUGGAUGUGGAGCAGAUUACCCAAAGGGCCAAGCUGCUGCAGAAGUACCUCUCUGAUGAAGCGAAGGAGCUGCAGGCACUCUAUGCUCUCCAGGCUCUCAUGGUGCAGAUGGAGCAGCCUGCCAAUUUACUGCGCAUGUUUUUCGACGCGUUGUACGACGAGGACGUGAUCAAAGAGGAAGCCUUCUACAAAUGGGAGUCCAGCAAAGACCCGGCGGAGCAGCUGGGGAAGGGUGUGGCCCUGAAGUCCGUCACUGCCUUCUUCACUUGGUUACGGGAGGCCGAGUCUGAAUCAGACAACAGCUAAUCCUGAACUUUGCUAGCCCAGGUAGCACUGGAGAGAAUCUGCUGCCAGGGACUAAUGAGAGGAGGAUGUCUGACAACCAAGUUGAACUUGAUCCUCGUAAAGCCAAUCUUAUCUGAUCAGGAUGGCUCUUGACAGAUACAAACUACAAUCAUUUCUCAGUCAUUUCUUUUGCUCUCUAUAGCUGUUGUAGCUAGUGUCCACCAAAAACAAUAAAAUUUAAAAAAAAAAAAAAAAAACUGCAGGACUGCAUGAACGUGUUACCAAUUCAUCGUCAUUUAUUUUUAAUGAGAAAUUCAUGGGGAAAAAAGUACAAACCAACGCUGCUCUUACAUGUUAAUAUAGAUUUAUAUGCAACGUGGUAUAUGACAAACCAGACAUGGUGUCAUAUAUAUUGUGUAGAGGGCGUGAUGGCGAUCAUGUCCUUUAGGUUUGUAAUGUCGGAUCAAACGCAGAGCUCUUACAGGCGUUUUCUUUCGUGUGUGUGAGAGGAAUCGUUUUUAAAUCCACGAAGACUGAUACAUGAGCGUAGUAUUCGAUGAAUUCUCUAAGUGACGAAUGAAAUUUGAGUAGCGUUUGUAUUUCGCCCUUUUUUGCUUCCUGUAUCCUUUAAUAAGGGGUGGACCUGUUGAAUUUCGGGAUGAUGGUCAUGGAUGGACUUUGACCUUUUUGACCUUAGUGCUGCUGGAUGAGGAGGGGGUCCAACAUGCUUCCUACUAAGCCAUCCUUGUCCUGCUUCCUACCCCACACUUUUGCGUCUUACCUCUUACCGCUCUUGAAGAACUGAUUGGGGGUCUUUGUGGAAGCCCCACUCGAGCAAGCCUGCGGUGGAAAUUUUAAGAGAAAUCAUUAAAACUUGAAGCAUAUAGAAAAAUCAACUUGAUGAAAUGACAGUAAUGAUCCUAAAGCCUUUUCUACUUGCAAAGUGGAAACAUUUCAGGAGCGUUCUGUACAUACAUAUGGAAAUGUGUUUUUUUUUUUUUUGGUUUAUUUUCAGAAAUUAAAAGUUAAAAAAAUCUGAUGUAAUGCCAUUUAUUUUUUUCCAACAAAAAAAUGGCAGUUUCCCUGUAUUUAAGAUUUGUUAGAUGGUAAGAGGUGCUUACAAUGAUCCAUUGAUUAGUUUUAUUGAAAAAAAUGUGUAAAUAUUUUUUGCGCUCUUUAUUAUUUAAGGAAUUAAAUGCUUUCGCAUCAAACUGGAAAACGUUGGAGAGAUGAAACAUUGCAAAUAAUAAAAGAUUAUCAAGUUGCGAA